AUGAAAACUGACACGACACUACCUUCAAUUCCUUACAGCGAUCCGUUGUUGCAAGUGUUGGUAAAGGCAAAGGAAGAACAACAGGGAAGAACUGAAGAUAUUCUGAUUCGAGAACUACCUUUAUUUCCCGAACCAACUGUUUUUCGUGCUACACAGCAACAAUUGAUUGACAUCGAGCGCUUCUGUACAAAUCCAGAGAAGUUCUGUAUACUUGGAGUAGAUGCGACAUUCCAGAUGGCCACAUUCUAUUUCACUUUUACCACUUACCGAAACCUGAUGUUAACGACAGAGAAAGGCAACCAUCCAGUCUUUAUAGGUCCUGGCAUCCUCCAUAAGCAGAAGCUCCAGACGUCCUAUCAAACCUUACCUCUCUUGAUGACCAAGUAUCACAAAGGCACAAGCGGUGUCCUGGUUUACGGCACAGAUGGCAAAGAAAAUCUUGCCAAUGCUUUCUCGCAUGUGUUCCCAAAUACACAGCAUCUUUGCUGUGAUAUCCAUAUGAGAGAAAACGUCAAGCGUAAGCUUGCAGAAUUUGGUAUUACUGGCCAUAUUGGUUUAGAAAUCAUGUGCGAUAUAUUUGGUAAGGAAGUCAACGACAAAGUGGAAGGAGGACUAAUCCACUGCACCUCCGCAGAUCAAUUUGACAGUGCCCUGCAGUCGGCUACGUCGAAAUGGAUCAACAGCCACACGAAUGGGCAACGAUUUGUGGAGUACUUUUUGAAAUCAAAAGCAAGUGUUAUCCGAGAAAGUGCCAGAUCUGACAUAAGCUCAAUGUGCGGUCUUGGAUACCCACCUACUGUCUAUACGCAGAAUGCCAAUGAGUGCAUGAAUCGCCUUAUUAAGGCAGAAGAAGAUCCAACGUUUUCCAAGAAGAAAGUUGCACUCCUUCCUUAUAUCGAGAGAAUAAGAGCAGAAAUCAAGCGGCAACAAAACGAGCAGUUCCUGGCAGUGUUUGGAAAAGGUCAGUACAGUCUGACAGAAGAGUUUUCUUUCUUGCAAGUGGAAGAAAAAAAUUUCUUUCGAAUGAGUGAUCGACAGAAGACAGCGACAAAGAAACAGUCCUUUCCGUUUCAAUGUCGGAGUCAAGACGAGGUGCAGAGGAAGCUUUGAAUACUAAACGUCUAUUGAUAACCGCAGAAAACUCUGGAAUUAUAGAAAUACCUUUUCCAACACUGGAAGGUAUGUUCAAGAAAGCUGCAGACACCACUAAUGACGAAUCGCUGACAUGGAAAAUUCCAGCUCCCGAAGAUGCAAAUAAUGACUCUUCAUCGAAGAGUAUGUUCUUGGUACACAGUAAAUCGUCUCACGAACCGCACAGAGUGACAGUAUCAUCAAAUGGAAGAGUACAAUGUGAUAAAGCCUGCGUGAGCUGGUGUACAUACAGCUUGUGUUCACAUAGCCUGGCAGUAGCCGAGAAAAAUGGGAUGCUGAAAGCAUUUCUUAACUGGUUCAAAAACAGCAAGCGUUCCCCCAACCUAACCGGGUUAGUGAAUGUCAACAUGCCGAAUAACGCUGGUAAAAAACUUGGAAUGCGAAAGAGAAAAGGAGCGUCAAACAAGCCAACCCCGCAAGGUAAAACAGUCGUCUUUAACAGGCUUUUGCAACCAACACAGUCAUCCAUUGGCCAUCCAUCAACGUUCCAGACAGGAAGCUGUCACCUUUCAUCUUUCCAAUCAGCUACCAACCAAUUUUCACCUUCGUAUUCAGCUCUCGGACAGUUUCAACCGUGCCAAACUGCGCCUUGUCAGCCUGCAUCGUCCCAGUCGGCUCUCAAUCAACUUUCACCAUACCAGCGUGGUCCCAGUCAACUUCCACCAACACAGUCAGUUCCCAAUCAGCUUGUUCCAUCCCAGUUAGCUCUCCAUCAGAUUUCGUCACUUCAGUCAGCUCCUAGUCAUUCACCAAUGUCUCAGUCAGCCAUUGGUCAGUCGUUAUCUUUCCAGACAAGCAUCCAUCAGCAUCCACCGUUGCAGUCAGCUAUCAACCACCUUUCAUUGGCCCAUUCAGUUUUUGGACAGCGUCAGCCGCAUCCACAAGCUCCCAGUAUUGUCACAGACAUCAGUUAG